AUCAAUCUAAAUGCCCACCCGGAAUUUUCUCUGUGACUGACGGGACUUUUGGGACGCGACGUGGACGACUUUCACCCGCACCACGAAAUUAAGUACUUUCACUCGCACGCAGCGCCUUCAGAUCACGAACUGAUUUGCCCCUUUUUUCAGCCAGAUGAAGAAAGUCAAUCAAGCAGGGUGCGAGUGAGAGACAGUGAACUUAUGCUGUCUCGCUCUCUCCACCGGUUUUCCUGCAAUUUUCCCAUGCUUUCCUCUAUUUUUCCUAUCCGGGUGUUGCUCUAUAAAUCUAGGAAGCCACAUAGUAUCAAAUGGCACCAAAAACAUUAUAAAUCAACUCGAAAAUUGAUAAAAAAUAACGAAUUUCCAAAAACUGUCGGUUUACUUUGGCAACAAACCGAAGAAGAAGAAAUUGCACCGUCAAAUGUCAAAAACGUCAUUGAUGGUUUUGUGGACAAAAAUACAAAAUAUUUUGCAAAUGUAAAAUUAGGUGUGAAAAAAGGGUUUCGGUGUGAAUAAAUGUGAGAAAGAGAUCUGGAUAGGAGCCGUGGCAGUGCAAUGGACAACAAUCACGAGUCCUUCUGGCGGCACAACAGUCGAGCUGUGCCCGGAAAGACGGUGGCUGCUGCCACUGUUAAAAAGUCCCAGACCACCUUUCAGGACUUCCAGGAGUCCGUGCGGGAUGCCUGGGAGCUGGGUGAUGAUGAAUUUUGCAUCAUGUCGGGCAUUGGGGAUGGGCGUUCGGGGAAACGCACUGCUGGUGCUUCUGCUGCACUCACCGUCAAGACGCAUCGUAGCAAUUUGAGUGCCAGCCGUGUGGAGGCGAAGACCAGCCCCCCAGCUGCCCAGCAGGCCUCUGCUCCGCGGACCAAUCAUCGGCAGGACAGCAACAAUGUGCCUGAUGACCUCAUUAAUGAGCUCACCCUCGUGGACGACACCACGAGUCGGGAGCGCGGAAGUUCCGAGCCAAGGAAGCGCUACAGGCAAUUCCAUACAUAUCCGGGACGUCCACAGCUGCUAAAAUUGUCCUCGAGUAGUUUGUCCAAGGAUGAGAACAAUGAGUCCAAGUUGGAGAAGUUUACGGUGCUGCUGGAGGAGCCACUGCUCAAUUUAAUUGCCCUCAAGCAGCUAAGUUGGUCAGGAAUCCCCAAGAAGAUGCGUCCCGUGACGUGGCGUCUCCUCUCUGGGUACCUCCCGACAAGCCUCGAGCGUCGCAACUCCGUUCUUGAGCGCAAACGCCUCGACUACCAUAAGCUCGUAUCUCAGUAUUUUCCCGUAGAUAGUCGCGAUGAGGCUCAGCAGGAUACCUAUCAUCAAAUUCAUAUCGAUGUUCCACGGAUGAAUCCACACGUGCCACUCUUUCAGCAACAUCUCGUGCAGGAAAUGUUUGAGAGGAUUCUCUUCAUUUGGGCCAUCCGGCAUCCAGCAUCCGGAUACGUUCAGGGCAUUAAUGAUCUCGUGACGCCCUUCUUUAUUAUCUUCCUGCAGGAGACUCUCGAUGCAAAAGUUGAGCUUGAAACAUUCAAGCUGGAAGAUUUGGGUGAGGAGCAGCGAAAUAUCAUUGAAGCUGACUCCUUUUGGUGCCUGUCGAAAUUCCUGGAUUGCAUCCAGGACAACUACAUCUUUGCCCAGCUCGGUAUUCAGGCAAAGGUGAAUCAUCUCAAAGAGCUUAUUCAGCGUAUUGAUGGGAAUCUGCACAAGCACCUGGUGCAGCAUGGCGUGGACUAUUUGCAAUUCUCCUUUCGCUGGAUGAAUAAUCUUCUCACCCGCGAACUACCACUCCAUUGCACCAUACGCCUCUGGGACACAUAUCUAGCCGAAUCGGAUGGCUUUGCGGUGUUCCAACUCUACGUUUGUGCUGCUUUUCUUCUCCACUGGCGCGAGCAGUUGCUGCAGGAAAGGGAUUUUCAGGGCUUAAUGCUGAUGCUCCAGAACUUGCCCACACACAAUUGGACAGAUUCACAAAUUAGUGUCCUCGUGGCGGAGGCAUUUCGUCUGAAAUUCACCUAUGCAGACGCCCCCAAGCAUUUUGAGGGUAAAAGUUGACAAACGAAGGCCUGAAGGAUUCCCCCAUGCGCCCAAAAUUAAACCCAAAGUUUGGGAGUAAGAAAAAAAUAAGAAACUAUUGAAAAAAAGAAAACUGAGAAAUUUCUUUCUUGAAAAUUCCUUGCUAGUUGAAAAUUCCCUUUGAAAGGUGUGUAGAUGCGCGCGGACUUUGUGUGAGAAAAUGCAUAAAAAAAUUUAAAAUGAGAAACAAAAUGUAAUUUUUAAGUCAAGUUAUGGAACACGAAGGCAAUGUCCUGGUGUGGAUUUUACACGUGAUCUCAUCCGGGAUUUCUGCCAAUCAACUACUUUAUCGAUUGAACUGGAAUAUUAGACAUUUUUAAAUUUAUAAUAGUGUAAUAAAAUAUGAAUAUAUCUGACUUCUUUGUCACGAAAAA